AUGUCGCAGGAUAGAGGGAUGGGGUCUGACGGAGACAUGGGGUUUGAUGGAGACUUGGGGUUUGAUGGAGAUAUGGGGUAUUUCUGUCAGGACCUCUCUGCUGGCUCCUGCAGAAAUGACAGAGAACUUUCAGCACAUGCAGGGGGCAUUGAGGACUUCAAGGUCCUCACCCUCCUUGGCAAAGGCUCCUUUGCAUGUGUUUACCGUGCAAAAUCCAUCAGGACAGGUCUUGAGGUUGCUAUAAAAACGAUUGACAAAAAAGCAAUGCAAAAAGCUGGCAUGGUCCAGCGUGUGACCAACGAGGUGGAGAUUCACUGCCGGCUCAAACAUCCUUCAAUACUUGAGCUUUACAACUACUUUGAGGACAGCAACUAUGUGUAUUUGGUGCUGGAGAUGUGUCACAAUGGAGAGAUGAGUCGCUACCUUAAAGAGCAAAAGAUGUCUUUCUCUGAAGAUGAAGCAAGACAUUUCAUGCAUCAGAUAGUGAAAGGAAUGCUCUACUUGCAUACUCAUGGCAUCUUGCACCGAGAUCUGACCCUGUCCAAUCUUCUGCUGACCAGCAACAUGAACAUAAAGAUAGCAGAUUUUGGCCUGGCCACUCAGCUCAAGCUGCCAAAUGAGAAGCAUUUCACUAUGUGCGGGACACCCAACUAUAUCUCUCCAGAGGUGGCCACUCACAGCGCCCACGGCCUGGAGUCGGACGUGUGGUCACUGGGGUGCAUGUUCUACGCUUUCCUUAUGGGUCGCCCCCCCUUCGACACGGACACAGUAAAGCACACGCUGUCCAAAGUGGUUCUCGGGGAGUAUGACAUGCCCGCGCACGUUUCUCCCGAGGCCAAGGACCUGAUCCACCAGCUGCUGCAGAGAGACCCCGCCCAGCGGCCCAGCCUCUCCGCAGUGCUGGACCACCCCUUUAUGACCCACAACCUGCUGGCCAGGACCAAAGAGGUGGGGCUGGGGGACGAAGGCUCCAUAGACAGCGGCAUUGCCACCAUCUCCACGGCCUGCACCUCGUCCACCUCGGCCAGCAGCGGCACGCGCCUCCAGAGGCGAGCCAAGCACAUGAUCAGCUCGGCUCUGCCCAACCGCAUGACGCCCGUCCCCAGCCUCCCACGCCACCCCAGCGGCGCCUGUUUUGAGGAGGGGGAGCAGUGGCUUCAGCAGCCGGCCCCGGACAGAUUUCGCAGGGAGGGCCGGGCAGAAGGCGGGUUCCCUCACUCCCGCUUCCUCCGGAGGGCCCAUUCGUCGGAUCGCUGCGGUUCGGCCGCACCAGGACAGAGUUCCUCUCAGGCCGAGCUGGGGAGAUGCCACUCAGAGGAGAGUCUGGCUGGAACAGGACGGCAGGUCUUCUUCAUGUCUUCCGGUCAGCACCAAUUCUCAGAGCACGGCAGGCGACCCUCUCCUCCUGUCAAGCAGUCAGCAAACUCUGGGUAUUUAACAACAGAGAUGAUGCAUCCAUCAAACUUACAGUUUCAGGACCUUGAAGGAGUUUCUAAUUGGCUCAAUAAUGAGGGUUUAGGACAGAGGCCCCCAGAUGGCAGCGCUCACAGCAGCGGUGGCAGCUUCCACAGCAGCAGGGCCCCUCCAGGAGUUCACAAUUCCUGGACAGACAAGCCCAUGGGCCGAGGUGGGAAUGCCCAGCACCAGCCGCACCACCAGCUGCCCCCCAACCCAGAUUCAUUCAGGGAAAACGCGCCGGGAGAGUCGCAUCCUCUUCAUGGCCGAGAUUCAAAGCUCCCUUCAGCCAAAUCCAGCACCGAGAAGCCGAAGAAAACCCUGAGAGACAUCGUGCCUCCUCUGUGCGCAGCCAGACUGAAGCCCAUCAGACAGAAGACCAAAAAUGCAGUCGUGAGCAUUCUGGACACUGGUGAAGUUUGCAUGGAGCUGUUAAAAUGCCAAAACGGGCAGGAAAGGGUCAAAGAAGUCCUACGGAUUUCCUGUGAUGGCUCGAUGGUGACAAUAUACCAGCCUAAUGGAGGAAAGGGCUUUCCUGUGCUGGACUGCCCGCCAGCUCCUCCAGAAGAUAUUCUCAUUUGCAGCUACGGGGACCUUCCAGAGAAAUACUGGAAGAAAUACCAAUAUGCCUCCAAGUUUGUGCAGCUUGUGAAAUCCAAGACUCCUAAAGUGACCCUUUACACCAAGUAUGCGAAGGUCAUGCUGAUGGAGAACUCUCCCACUGCGGACCUGGAGGUUUGCUUUUAUGACGCUGCACGGCGGCCGCACAGCGCCACCGCUACCGAGGCCCUGCGCAGCACCAAUGAAAAAACGUAUCCACAUCACGCAGGAGCAAAGACCCACAAGACGUCGGAGCUCGUGCGAGUGGUGGAGAAAAGCGGGAAGUCGUGCACCGUGAAGGGGGAGGUGGGCCUGAGCGGCCUGAGCCCGGAGAGCAGGCUGUACGUGGAGCUGUCUGACGAGGGCCACAGCAUGUGCCUGUCGCUGGAGGCCGCCAUCACAGCCGAGGAGCUGCGCAGCACCAAGAAGGUCCCCUUCUUCCCCAUCACCAUCGGCAGGCGACCUGCAGCCACAGACACUCCGUCCUUGUCAUCUGUGACGUCGCAGCAGGGGCCUCCUGAUACAGCCUCCCCCCCUAAACCUCCACAAAUCACUCCUUCAAUGAUCUCCUACGAUGGAUCUGACUUCACCUCAGCCAGCCUGAGUAAGAAAUGCUCCCCGCUGCGACAGGACCUAGUUCAGAGCUCAGGGAAAGUGGUCAAGUCCAUCUUUGUGCCCAAUGUUGGAUGGGCAUCCCAGCUGACGAGUGGAGAAGUUUGGGUGCAGUUUAACGAUGGCUCCCAGCUGGUUGUUCAAGCUGGAGUUUCAUGCAUCACCUACACAUCUCCAGAAGGGCGGGUCACCAGGUAUAAGGAGAAUGAGAAACUGCCAGAGCACGUCAAAGAAAAGCUGCACUGUCUCUCCACCAUUCUCGGACUGUUGGCGAACCCAUCGGCGCAUCACCUACGAACUCACUAGCACUUGUAGCUGAGGACUUGAAAACAGCAUUAGAAACCUUUUAUACUCUCAUUUCCCUGGUGUUGUAAAUAUACCUUGUCUCUGUUGUUUUUACAUGUACAAAAGACUAAGAUUAUGAAAAGAUAUAUUUUUUUUACUGUGACUGUUGUAUAGCUUCUUAAAUAGUUCGUAAAGUCUAACCUUCUGCUGUCUCCGUACCUAUCAAAUGUGCCAUCGAUAAGUGCUGUUGCAAUAAACAUGUGGAGACUGGGUGGAAAACUGCUGCCCCCUGGUUUGCAGUCUGCUCUUUCCGCUUAAUAGAAA